CAUCUAUAAAAGCUAGACAUUAUGAUUAAAAUAUUUAGUAAUUAGGAAGGCCAAAUGAUAAAAUAGGUUAGUCAAUUAAAAAAUUAUUCAUUCUACAUAAUAAGUAUGGAAAAAAAAUUUAACCAACAGUAAUGGGAAUGUCAGAAAAACGUGGUUCUUCCAGAAUUAAAGAUCUAAGCAAAAAUCGUGUUAUUGAUCAUGAAACAAGAAUUAAAAGACAAAAAAGACAAUUAGCAUCUUUGGAAAAUGACAAUUUUCAUGAAGAUCCUCACCAACAAAUGAAUUUGUAUGUUGCAAAAACUAAAUUACCAUCUUUUAGCGAUAGUAUGGAAUCUAAAAAAAAGCGAAAGCUUAAACUUGGAGACAUAUUUAAACAUAAAGCCAAGCGUUCGUUUCCAGCCCUUUUAGAAGAAGCCCAAGCUGAAAGAAAAGAAAACACACCAGAUUAUUUUAAUGCAGUGGCACCAAAAUCAAAAUUGCCAGAGCGUCAUUUUUGUUCUGUGUGCGGUUUUAUUUCAAGCUAUACAUGUGUAACAUGUGGUGUGCGAUAUUGCUGUGUAAGCUGCUUAAAAACACAUAAGGACACUCGUUGUAUGAAAUGGAUUGUUUGAUAAUAGAUAUGUUAGGUUUUUAUUUUA